GGGGCUGGGCAGACGGCGGCUGCGAGCAGUUUCAGAGCCGUCCCGGCGAGCUGCUGCGGCGGGGACAUGAUCCGAAACGGACACGGGGUGGCGGUCGGCGCCGAGCAGCCGGGCCCGGGGGGCAGGCCCGCCGUGCGAGUGUGGUGCGACGGCUGCUACGACAUGGUGCAUUACGGCCACUCCAACCAGCUGCGCCAGGCGCGGGCCAUGGGUGACUACCUCAUCGUGGGUGUGCACACUGACGCGGAGAUCGCCAAGCACAAGGGCCCGCCAGUGUUCACGCAGGAGGAGAGGCGCCGCAUGGUGCAGGCCAUCAAGUGGGUGGACGAGGUGGUGCCGGCGGCUCCCUACGUCACCACACUGGAGACGCUGGACAAGUACAGCUGCGACUUCUGCGUCCACGGCAAUGACAUCACGCUGACUGUGGACGGCCGGGACACCUACGAGGAGGUGAAGCGGGCCGGGAGGUACAGAGAGUGCAAGCGCACCCAGGGCGUGUCCACCACGGACCUCGUCGGCCGCAUGCUGCUGGUCACCAAGGCCCAUCACAGCAGCCAAGAGAUGUCCUCAGAGUACCGGGAGUACGCAGACAGUUUUGGCAAGUGCCCGGGGGGACGGAACCCCUGGACGGGGGUGUCCCAGUUUCUGCAGACGUCCCAGAAGAUCAUCCAGUUCGCGUCGGGGAAGGAGCCGCAGCCCGGAGAGACGGUCAUUUACGUGGCCGGUGCCUUUGACCUGUUCCACAUCGGGCACGUGGACUUCCUGGAGAAGGUGCACGGCCUGGCGGAGCGGCCCUACGUCAUCGCCGGCCUGCACUUCGACCAGGAGGUCAACCGCUACAAGGGCAAGAACUACCCCAUCAUGAACUUGCACGAGCGGACCCUGAGCGUGCUGGCCUGCCGGUACGUGUCGGAGGUGGUGAUCGGGGCCCCGUACGCAGUCACGGCCGAGCUGCUGGACCACUUCAAGGUGGACGUCGUGUGUCACGGGAAGACAGAAAUCGUGCCUGACAGGGACGGCUCCGACCCGUACCAGGAGCCCAAGAGGAGGGGCAUCUUCUGUCAGGUGGACAGCGGCAGCGACCUCACCACGGACCUCAUCGUCCAGCGCAUCAUCACGAACAGGCUGGAGUACGAGGCCCGGAACCAGAAGAAGGAGGCCAAGGAGCUGGCCUUCCUGGAGGCCAUGAGGCGGCAGGAGCCACAGCCCGCCAGGGGGAGCGACACUCCCUUCUGACGACUGGACUGCCAGGGAGAGCCCCGGAGUGCGGCCGCUCCAGCCCCGCCUCCUGCCGCUAGGUGUCUGCCUGCCGUGGUUUUCACUGCGCGGCGGCCCCGCCCCUGCAAGGCACCUGAUGUCCUCGCAGCCCCCCCCCUCAGCUGCACCGGGAGGGGGCCCCCGGCGGGAUGAGCAGAGGGGGCCGGUGACCAGAGGGGUGCCGCCCCGUGUGCCUGGGGGGCCCUCGCCCCCUGCCCCCUUGGGAGGCUCCUGCAGACUCGAGCUGAUUUCCUGCCCACCCACCUUGGCGAGAGUCCGCUUCAGGGAGCAGGGACCUGAGGGCCCACAGCCUUUCUUCUUCGGGGCGCAGGCCAGGCCACCGCCCACGCCAGCACCCUCUGGCUCGCGCCGAGUCCCUGGUGCCCCGAGCCCGACUCCAGGGCCCUGCACCCGCUCCCUAGCCAGCCUCCCGCUCCCCCCACGGACUUCUCCGCUUUGUGCGCAACUGGCUGGUGUGCACCCAAUAAAGCCGGUGGGAGACGCA